CCCUCGACCCCAGCAGCCCUCCAGAGCGGCCGCAUCGCGGACGAGACUGAGGCUCGGAGGCGUCUAUUUGUUCAUGUGGCGCACGGACCUUGAUCACGUGCAGCGUGGCGCCUUCUCGCCGUCGACUGCGCCGACCACAACGACGACGAGCACCGCAUCCGGCAUGUCGACCGCCACCGCCGCCUCCUCCAUCCCCGCGGCCCCGCCGUCCCCGCAAGAAAUCCAGCGUAAACUCUCCGUUCAUUCCGUCGCAAAGUCGAAGUCGCAGACAGGCGUUUCGCCCCAGCCGCCGGCGCAGCAGCUCCAACAGCCGCCCCAGCCCCAGCCUGUCGCCGUCCCCGCGCCAUCGCCAUCGCCCGCACCGCUGUCCGUGUCCGGCACGGAGAGCGACUCGGACUCGUUCCUCUCGCCCGACGUGUACGCGCCGGCCGGUAGUCAGUUCGUCCCGCAGCAGCCGCUCUCCGCCAUCGCGGAGCGGCGCUCGAUUGGCGGUGAAGACUCGGAGGACGAGGACGAUGCGGAAGGUGCAGGUGGAUGGCGCACUGCUAGCGAGGCCUCCGUUCCGCGCGGGCCGCUCGGUGAGGGUACCACGAUCCUCAAGGCCGGCUACCUCUGGAAGAAGGGCGAACGCAGAAAGACGUGGAAGAAACGUUGGUUCGUCCUUCGCCCCGCGCACAUCGCAUACUACAAGAGCUCGGCCGAAUACCAGCUCCUGCGUCUCCUCGAGCUCGGCGAUGUGCACUCGUGCACAAAGGUGUCCCUGAAGCGCCAUGAGAACACGUUUGGCCUUGUAUCGCCCGUGCGCACGUACUAUCUGCAGGCCGCGACCUCCAAGGAGGUCGAUGAGUGGGUCGCCGCUGUCGAGGAUGCUCGCAAGGCCCUGGUCCAAAGUGGCGAAUUAGGUGCAGCGACACCCCCCAUCGCGAUCCCUGGUGCCACCGCACCGCGCCCAGUGCCAGUGACCCCCAGCCCACCAUUCCACCAGCCCGCGAUGACCUCUUCCGACUCCGAAGAUGCAAGCCCCCGUCGCACAUAUUCCAUGUCGUCGCAAACGCCUCCCACGCUCUCGACGUCGCCUGGCAAGGCAAGCGGAGUAACGGCGUCGGGCGCAAAGGAAGCGGGGAAGACGAUUCUGUCAGGAUAUCUAAUGAAGUGCACAUCGAAGCGUCGCGCGUGGCGCAAGCGCUGGUUCGUGCUCACUCCGGAGAAGCUCGUCUAUACGGGAAGUCAUAUGGACUCCAAACCACACCGCCAGUUCCCCUUCACCGAGAUUCUGGAUGCCCUCGAGUUCGACAUGCCGCCGAAGCACAAGGACCCGGCGCAUGCUACGUCACCCCCGCCGCAGGAGGCCAUCCCAGAGGAGUCCGCGGACGCGUACACGUUCAAGAUCGUCACGACGAGACGGACGCUGCUGCUCUGCGCGCCGACGGAGGAGGACGAGAUCAAGUGGCUCGGUGCGAUUCGCGCGCUCAUCGCGCGGAGGACGGAGAGUGGGGUAGUUCCUGGACGGACGGCGAAGGGCGCGGAGGGAGCACCCUCUGCUCCCCAGCCCGCCGGGGCGGCAGCAGGGACACCUGGGACCAGCAGUGGGAUGCGGGGCAAGAUCCGGCGCCUAAGCCAGAGCGGGUCGGGGGCGCCACUGCCUGCUGGGGAGGACGCGGCGGCGAAGGAGAAGCAGUCCUGAGAGUUCGUCGCGAGGAUCGGUCCUGAGACUUCGUCUUGGGAAUGGUCCUGAGACCUCGUCUUGGGAAUAGCCCUGAGAUUCGUCUCGGUCAGUCCUGAGUCCCGUCUCGUUACCUGUUCUCUUCUAUGAUCACCCUUCGCCACUCCUCCUGCCCCACGGACCUUUGCCUUCGCUCGUUAUCAAAAUGACGCUACGUACCCUUAUUACCGUGCAUCUACUACUCGCUAUCUGUUAUGCCUUUGUUUUGGCUCUAAUUCUGCGUUCAAUAAUCCAAGUGUACCAUCUUCGCCUUCUGGCAGGAGCAGUCGAGGAGUAGGAGUCGAGGAGCACUGGAGUAGUGGGAGGUGGGCCUGAUGCCGGAACGUUUAGACGCUGGUCACAACCAGCGAAAGUCGACGCAGGUCUAUCUAACUGUGUGCGACGCAGCUAGUCGUAGCUAAUCGAGCCGUUACUUUGAGGU